GCAAUAUUUUUUGGAAAGAGGGAGUAGUAAUUACAAGUUUACAACACCCUCUCGGUGACGGGCCCAAGUCAUAAGCAAAUUCCUGUAGAACCUCUCAUACGCAAAUUCCAAAGCUCGAAUUGCAGAAUCUCGAAUUGAAGAAGCUCGUUCCAGUCAAUGGCACCAAAAGCCAAAGAGAAACCUAAAGCUGCUGCAUCACAGCCUAUCGUUGCCAUCGAAGAUCUCUUCACUUCUCUUAAUAAAUUUAUUGAACGCUCAGAAUAUGGUCAGGCCAUCAAAGUUGCAGAACAAGUUCUGUCAAUUGCUCCUGGUGAUGAGGAUGCUCUUCAGUGCAAGAUUAUAGCUCUAAUUAGAGCUGAUAGCAUUGAUGAAGCUUUUGCUGUUAUUCAGUCUUCACAAAAGCUUCCAAUUGACCUUAGUUUCUUAAAGGCAUACUGUUUAUACAGGCUAAACAAACUGGAUGAAGCUUUGGAAUCCUUGAAAAGCCAGGAAAGGAACGCUGCAACUAUGUUGCUAGAAACUCAGAUAUUGUAUCGUUUAGGAAGGAUGGAUGUUUGCCUUGAAAUUUAUCAGAAACUUCAGAACUCGAGUAUUGACUCAUUGGAGAUCAACUUUGUUGCUGCUCUGGUGGGAGCAGGGCAAUCAUCUGAGGUGCAAAGAGUACUUGAAUCUCUCAAAGUUAAACCAACAAGUAGCUUUGAGUUGGCGUAUAACACUGCUUGCUCUUUGAUUGAGAGGAAUAAAUAUAUGGAUGCAGAACAGCUUUUGCUAUCAGCUAGAAGAGUGGGUCAGGAAUCACUGAUGGAAGAUAACUGGGCAGAUGAUGAUAUCGAAAACGAAUUGGCUCCUAUAGCUGUUCAACUAGCAUAUGUUCAGCAGCUACUUGGAAAUAAGCAAGAAGCUAUGCAGGCAUACUUAGACAUGAUAAAACAUAAUUUGGCUGAUGAAUCCACCCUUGCUAUUGCAACAAACAACUUGAUUUCCCUCAGAGGUCCAAAAGAAGUGUCUGAUAGCCUAAAGAAGCUUGAUCGGCUUAUAGAAAAAGCUGAUGGAGGCCGGUUCCGGCUGGCUGGCCCGCUAGAGUCAAAGCUUUCAGUCAAGCAGAAGGAAGCAGUGUACAUGAAUCGAGCUCUUUUGCUCCUCCAUGCUAACAAAAUUGACCAGGCUCGGGAACUUGUUACUGCUUUAGUGGGCAUGUUUCCAGACAGUGUGACACCCGUGCUUCUUCAAGCUGCUUUGCUGGUAAGGGAGAACAAGGCUGGCAGAGCUGAAGAAGUGCUUGGGCAGUUUGCUGGAAAGUUUCCUGACAAGUCAAAGGAGUUUCUCCUUGCCAGAGCCCAAGUGGCUGCUGCCGCCAGUCACUUUGAAGUAGCUGCUGACUCCCUCUCAAAGAUCCCUGAUAUCCAACACAUGCCUGCUACUGUGGCCACCAUCGUUGCCUUGAAAGAGCGUGCGGGAGAUAUUGAUGGUGCAGAGGUGGUAUUAGACAAUGCCAUAAAGUGGUGGUCCAAUGCAAUGGCUGAAGACAAUAAACUUAUUGCUAUCAUGCAAGAGGCUGCUUCCUUCAAGCUCAAGCAUGGUAGACAGAAAGAGGCUUUGCAGUUGUUUGAGGAACUUGUUAAGAACAAUAGCAAUGUUGAUGCUUUGGUUGGAUUAGUAACCACAGCUGCUCAUGUAAAUGUUGACAAGGCUGAAGCUUAUGAAAAGAAGCUCAAAGCACUUCCUGGUUUGAAGGGAAUUAACGUGGAUGAUCUUGAAGCAACCUCUGGUGCUAAGUCUGCUGACGGGUCUCGCGUAGUGAAUAUUGAAGGGCAUGAUGAGAGUAAAGACAAGGAUAAAUCAAAGAAGAAAAGAAAGAGAAAGCCGAGAUAUCCAAAGGGAUUUGAUCCGGCUAAUCCUGGACCCCCACCUGAUCCAGAACGUUGGUUGCCAAAGAGGGAGAGAUCUUCUUUCCGACCCAAGCGAAAAGAUAAGCGGGCGGCUCAUGUGAGAGGCUCCCAGGGUGCUGUUGCUCGGGAGAAACAGGAAGCCGGAACUUCUGAUGGUCCUCUUCGAACUUCUGGGUCUGAUAAUGUUGAUACUAAGGCCACAAAAUCCAAGUCAACUCAAGCUAGCAACUCGAAAGCAGCUUCCCAGAGCACAGGUGGAUCUAAAUCAAAAAAGAAGUCAAGAAGAUAGUGAGCUCAGUUGUCUAAUGUUUGUUUCAAAGAACUUUUAUUUGGACACCAUUUUCUCCCCCUCUGAGAUCUUGCUCUCAUUUUGGUUCUAUGUUGUGCUCUUCACUUUCCAUUCAUCUACUAGGAUUUUGGUGACUGUUUAUUUUCUAAGUGAUGAUAGUUCAAAAAAUAGCCGGCUGUCGACAAAUUGACAAAACAUUUUUGGUUGGAUGUAUUAACUUUUUUUAUGUAUUUAAUUUAAAUUUUAAGUAAUUUCUGCUGAA